AUGUCAAGCGAGGAUCGAGUUCAACAACUGAAGGAUGAGUUAGCCCAACUCAAGGACAAAUUCGUGCAAGCGAAACAAGCGACGGAGGCUGCUCGACAAGUGCAAAAAACGUUGGUUCAAAGAAGCAGGGAAGUGGAGUUGGAGUUUGAGAGGAAUAAAAGAAUCGAGAUCGAGGGACAGCGUUCUGACGAGAUUCAACGUGCACGAGAUGAGGGGAAACAACUGCAAGAGAAAAUUCUCUUAUUUCCGGAGAUAGAAAAGGAUCUUCAAAAACAGUGCGACAAGAUUUAUAUUGCUAAGGACAGAGAGCGCGAAUUGCACAAGUCUCUGAAAGGUCUCAAGUGGCAUAUGGCUGACAAUCCAGUGAGUUGUGGAGCAACCUGCAAAGUAUGCAUGGAAAAGUUCAAAAUGGAGGAUAAGACUCCUCGACUAUUAGGUAAUCACAUUCAUUUGCUGGAGGGGUUUUUCUAAAUUUAUGAUUACAGAAUGUGGACACACGUUCUGCGAAGACUGCCUCAACAAGAUGAUCGAAGGAGGAGGAGAACGAUUUGGACGGAUCAGAUGCCCGCAAUGCCGCAGAUUGUGCAGAGUGGAGAACUGGCAAACGUGGAAACUCACGCUAAACUUGGCACUUCUUUAA